AUGGCUCGGCCAAGUCGCUCAAACGCAAAUACUCACCCCGCCAAAGUUCUACUCGAGGGUAAAACCAAGCGCCGAACACCAGCAGAAAAGCGAGCCCAAGAUGCAGCAGCAGCAGAAAAAAACUGGGAAGAAGCAGCUAGAGCAGAGAAGGAACAUGAAGAUGGCAUCAAACGCAUAGCCGCGAUGGAAGACUCACUGAAAAGAGACGAUCGCAACUACGGCAAAGAUGCCCCACCCUAUCGCCCACAGGCAGACACAUCCACUCACAAGGCCAAGGGUUACUAUUCUGUUGCAAAAGCUGCCAGUGACGAUGAGGAACCAGAGUCGGAUGAAGCUUAUCAGCCAUCUCAGCCAUCUGACUCGGAGUCCCAAAACUCCAAGGUGAAUUCCGAAGAGACUGGCGAUGAUAGCGAGGUUGGUGAGCCUGAGGAGGAUGACGACGGUAGUAGUGUUGAAGGAGUUCGUAAGCCUCAGAAGGGUAAGAAACGCACUGCGUCAAAAGAGAAAAAACGGUUCUUACGAGAAGAAAUCACGAAGGCAAGGAAGACCACAGCAACAGCAGGAACCAUGGCGAGGAAGCGCAAGGAGACUGAAUCACAGGAACCUGACACAGCUGAACGUGGUUCAUUGCAGACUAAACGUGCGAAGGGUGCACAUUCAAGCAACUUGCAAGCUGACUGGAAGAAAAUCGUGGGGUUGACAACAAAAUCAGUGAGGUACAAUUCGAUCAGAGUUUCCGAUGAAGAACUCGUACCUGCAGCCUCGGAGACAUGUUCCCGUUCAAUGUCGGGUGCAUCAUCACACAGCACUAUGAGUCGUGCGACCACACCACCAUUUGAAGGAGAUGGAGAGUUUGACCACAAUGAGACACCAGAGUCACUGGCUGCGACUCGAAAGCAUAAGGGCAGCAACCCCAAACUGCCGAAGAAAACUGGUACCGCGGGAAUGAAGUCAGCGCGAGUCACUGCUAAUAUGGGCUUGAUGUUGACGCGAAAGGGAGCUGAUGAUGCUGUGGUGGAAGAAAUAAGACGCUCAGAAGAUAAAUCAAAGCCACUCAAAAAGUUAAAGCUCGAAGACCUACCUUUUGUGGAUAAGAAGGACCACGAGAUCUGGGGUCGAUUGAUCUGCGCACUGAUCGAUUGGGCUGGGACGACUACUGAUCCCUUCGGUACGAACGAACACCCAGAGGUCUCAGGCAAGCUGCAGGAACUGUGGGAUGUUCUCUUCGCGCACAACAAGGUCGAUGUCGCAAAGUGUCCUGCUAUCAAAAAAGUGGCAACAGAUUGGCUCAAUGAGUGGUGGAGUAUGCUUGGGAAAAAUGCCAUCAAGAUUCUCGAAUGCAAACUUCGAAAAGCAGAAUAUCGAGACAACACCACGCUCGUAUCAAAUUUGUCCAAGAUCGCCUACCUCAGAAAAUUGAUGGUCAAAAACAUGUGCCAUUCAUUUACGCUGAUCAUGAGGUAUGGACUGAAAGGAUCGUGGUUGGCUCCCGUGCUCCUGGAGUUACUUGCGGCACAUGCGAGGCGUUGUGGAACAUCGUUUCAGGCAUUUGGGAAACCUGCAGGUGCAUUGGGGGUUUGCGCAGCUACGGCACACCGCGCACUAUUUCUGUACAAGGAUGGGGAUUCUGCGAAAGAAGCUGCCAAGGACGCGAAACGUGCCGGUCUCCCUUCCCAGCCCACGAAAAAUGUCUCGUUCGAUGCAGCAUGGGGCAGUGUGGCUAUGCAGUACUCCCUGCAGACGGCUCAACUCCCCCACAAAAAGUGGGAUCAGAUCGUUGAUGGGAUGUGGGAGCUUGUAGGUGAAGAUUCUCUUGUCCGUCAUGCUCAUGUUGCCUCGGAUGACGAUUCCAUGGAUGUUCGCAAUGCCAUUCCCCUCUCGGACGACGACGAAGAUAUUUCUUAG